CCCUCUCAUUGCAAGCUUGGUCAACAAGCUCUCUUCCUCAACUCUCCUUCGGUUCUCACGAGCUUUUCCACCCAAAGCCAGUGAUCCUGGGCCUGGAUCUGCUCCGCUACCUCGCAGGCUUCCAUCAGGAUGUCCUACCAACGCCCGCAGGACACACACAUUCUCCCCAACACCUCUGGGUAUCAAGUCCAAGGUGGCGGCUACUCGGACUAUCCACAACAGACCACCGGCGGCAUGUACAACAACAACGCUGCUAACCAGAGCGGAUACUACUAUUCGGACACGCCAGCUGCUGGUGCAUCGUACGGUGGUACUCCUGCCAAGGAUUACGAGCAACCAGGCUGGAGCCAGCAGCCGAACGCAGCUCAACAUGCGGCACAGAAAUAUUCGUACAAGGCACCUGCUCAGAAGCGCCGCAGCAAAUGGCUCCUGAUUGGGCUUCCCAUUCUCGUCCUGAUCAUCGCAGGUGCUGUCCUCGGGGCUAUUUUCGGCUCCCGAGCAGCAAAGCGGAACAACUCCAACAGUGUCGGGAGUGCCCACGUUGACAACCCAAAGCAAGCGAGCACGGCGAAUGCCCACGCAGAAGCAGGCGGCGUGGACAAGCUGUUCUACGGCAGCACAGAUCCUUAUGGAAACCCCCGUUUUCUGCCGACUGUUAACACUGCUGCGCCGACAGGCAAUGGCAACCCGGCAGUCACAUGCAAUGACGACACGGAUCCUUCGUCUCUCAGCUUGAACAACCUGCGUUCGCAUCCGCGCAUUAUCGCACCCGGCUACAUGUGGUCAUGUAUGGCCGAAAAAAUCAACAAGGAUGCUUAUCUCACCAUCAUGAACGAUUCGGUCAUGGCCAAUGCCACUGCUUUCGCGGCCAUGCCUCCUACCAACUACUCUAUUGAUGGCGGAUACAAUAGGUCCGGUAUUCUCGACGUUUCUCGCGAGGUACAGCUACGCCUCCGGUCUUGGGGCUACGCAUACAAGAUGACCAAUGAUCGGAGCUGGGUGCAGAGGGCGUGGGAGGAGCUAUCAGUCGCAGCAGGUAACAACAGCAAUGUGCAGUUCGGUCAGGGACCACCCCCUCAUCCUAAUGGACACUGGAACCCGGCGCACUUUCUCGAUACCGCAGAGAUGACUGCGGCGUUUGCAAUCGCAUUUGACUGGAUGUACGACGCCUGGAACACCACGCAGAAGGCGUUCAUCGUGGACUGGAUCAUCCAGUUUGGUCUCACGCCAGGUCUUAACCAGUACCAAACCGACGACGGCUGGUGGAAAAAGGAUGUUAAUGGAAAUGGAAAUUGGAAUUGUGUGUGCAACUCGGGCAUGCUGCUGGGUGCGCUGGCCAUCAUAGGCGACGACGCCAAAGACCUGAGCCAGACUGCGACAAAGGUUGUCAAUCAUGCCAUCGAUAAUAUCAAGAACAACUGCUUUAAUGGCCCUUACGCCGAUGGCACCUGGGCCGAGACGGCUAACUACUGGUACUUUGGCACCAACGCUGCCGCUCGUGCCGAGUCUGCCCUUGUCAGUGCGACAGGAAACAAUCAGGGCUUGAACCAGAAGUUCUACCAGACCGGUUACUACCACAUGUACGUCAGCGGCAACGGCGGUCUGUUCAACUAUGGAGACCACGGCCCGAACAAAUUUAGCACCAACGCCAACGCCAUGCUCUGGUGGGGCAACUAUUACAAGCAACCGCUGCUUACGCUCUUCCAGCGCGAUCGCGCAGAUGCGCUCGGGGACCCAAUCGCCAUGUUCUGGUACGACACGAGCGCAAAGGGCGCCUUCUGGAACAAUCUCCCGCUGGACAGGUACUUUGAUGAUCCGCGCGGAUCUUGGAUGAGCAUGCGCAGCUCGUGGACCGACUUUAACGGACUUUUCGUCGCCAUGAAGGCGUCCGCGCUCACUGGGCACCAGACACACGGUGACCUUGAUGUCGGUGACUUUGUCCUCGAUGCGAUGGGGACCCGCUGGGCUGGAGAGUACGGCUCGGCGCAGUACCUGAGCACGGACUACUUUAGCAACGAGACCCAAGGCUCCACUCGCUGGCAGUACUUCCGAAAGGGCACGCAAGGCCAGAACACACUCGUUAUCAACAAGGCCGACCAGAGCGUGAUGGCUGCGCCGAGCAACACAUGGGGCUCGCAACACAAUUUGACGCAGACGUCAGACAUCAACUACAAGCCUGGCACGAACGACAUUGCGUACUUUGUCACUGACAUGAGUUCGGCGUACAACCAAACAGCCGACAAGGUCCAGCGCGGCAUCCGCUUGCUUAACGGCCGCAGGCAGGUGCUGUUGCAGGACGAGAUCGCGGCGGGCGUAGCGCAGAACGGUAUCCAGUGGCGCAUACAGACCAACGCGACUGUAUCCAUCAGCGGCAGCAUUGCAACGCUGACGAUCAAGUCAAUCGACGACCCAAACGCAGCAAUCGGCCUCAAUGUGCCAAUCUCGGCGAAGACGCUCAAGGUUCAGAUCCUCUCGCCGCCCAAUGCUCAGUUCACCCACAACGGUCCGCCCGCUGAAAGGCUGUACGGCACAGACCCGGACCCAGCCAAUGGUGGCGAUCCGAUCAACACGGGCGUCACAACGCUCAUCAUCGACAUCCCCAACCCGUCUGGCGCGACGACAAUCCAAACACUGUGGCAGCCGCAGUGGGACGACCUCACGUCCGCGGACAGCAGCACUCCACAAAGUGUACCGCUUGUCAGCUGGACGCCCACUAGUCAUAGUUGAACUGCAGGCGGAUAUCGCUCGCUUUGCCUGCGAGGCAUCGCUUGCUCUUUGUUUCCGCCUCAUUCUUUUUCGAUCAUCGAUGAAAAAUGGUAUUGACCGCGUGCACAACAGGCACAACAGACGGGGUAUUCACGGAGUAAUAUUUGAGUUCACCAAAGCACUCAGCUUAGCCGCCGAUCGUUAUGCCCCCUACUUAACGAUCCUCCCUACGCAAGAAUCACCUUUGCUCCCCUAACAUCAUCCCUGCCUCCACCGGACCUUUUUCUCUUUGAGCAUACACUUUAUGUCUUUUCGAUCCCACAUGACUUGAAUGCAAAUGGACACUUCACUUC